AUGUUAGCCACAAUGAAGGGACGUAAGAGUUCUGCAUCGAAAUUCGAUAGGAAAGAGUUUGAUCAGAGAACAUUGAGUGCUGCAGUGAAUUUGAUUAUAUAUGGGUGUCAUGUUCAAAAAUAUAACAAAUCGAAUAAGAAACCGAUCUCUAGAUUAUACUAUCUAUAUGAGGAGGACAUGGAUUAUUUGUAAUACCUGCAUUCUGGAAGACCUUUUGCAUAAUGUAGAAUACCGUUACUAGAUAUCAUUGAAUUAAGGGAAAUUCCAACAACAGAAUAAUUCUAAAACCUGCCUUAUCAAAGAACUCUAUAAAUAACUUUCGCCAGCAAGAAACAUACGAUUUUAUUUAACACAAAGGAUGAAAGGGAUUUAUUUUGGUAAGGUUUGCAAUAUUUUAUUGAUGUGGCAGAACACAAUUUAAUAAGAGAUAUAAAAAGCACAAAUGAUAAUCCAAUAGUUGAAUAAAUCACUUUAAAAUAAAUUAAAGGAAUGCUUCCACAACUGUCAAUCACAAAAUAAGAACUAAAAACACUGUUUAAUCAAUUCGAUUUGGAAAGAAAAGGAUACAUUUCAAAUUCUGAUUAUCAAGAUCUACUAAAAAGAUUAAUGAAUCAGGAUUUUGUGCGAUUUCUAUUUGAUAGAUAUGCAAUACAAUAAAUGAACAAAUAAGAGUUUAUUAAAUUCUUAACAAGUGAAUAAUCCCCAUAUCAAAAACAAUGUGAAGAUGCAUUUAGAUUGUUUGCCAAAUAAGAUGGAAAUAGCUUUUCAUUAUCCUUCUUAGAAUUCUUAAACUAUCUACUAAGCACUUACAAUCAAUUGUUUGAUUAUCAGAAAACACAAGUCUAUCAAUCUGAGGAUUUCCCUUUGACUGACUAUUGGAUCAAUUCUUCACACAACACCUAUCUAAUGGGAGAUCAAUUGACAAGUGAAAGUUCCAUUCAGGCCUACAUCAAUGCCUUUCAAAAAGGUUGUAGAUGUGUGGAAUUAGAUUGUUGGGAUGGAGAUAAUAAUCAGCCGAUUAUUUAUCAUGGAUUUACAAUGACAUCAAAAAUAUCAUUCGAAUCUGUUAUCGAAACCAUCAAAGAAUAUGGAUUCAAAUACUCAAAAUACCCCCUGAUUCUCUCUCUUGAGGUGCAUUGUUGUGUUAAGUAACAAGAUGUUAUGACAGACAUAUUAAAAACGUAUCUAAAUGUCAAUCUUCUACUUUUGCCAGAUGAUUACCAAUCUUCUGAAUAUUAUCCAAAACUUAAUAAGCUAUAUUAUAAAGUAAUCAUAAAGCAUAGAGGUAAAAUGAAAUCGAGUCUACAAUAUCGAGAAAGAUUCAUUUCGAUAUCUCCAAUCAAUAUAAUUCCACCUCCUUUUGAAGAAUCUGAAAGUCCAGACAUUGUUAAAAAACCGAGUUCAAGUGUUUAAGUAGAAUAAUAUCUAAAUACGCCAAGUACAUUAAAACCAAGAUCGUAAAAGUCAUUUAAGAGACAAGAUCAUGGAUUGCCUAUCAAUUAAUAUCGACAAUCUACUAAUAUCUUCUAGAUAGAAGAGGAGAUGAAACCAAAUAAAAUAGUACAUAACACGAAGACAGAAACUACUUUAAGACCUAAAUAUAAAAUUUAAAAUAUUGAGACUCAAGUUCAAUUUGAUGCACCUAAUCCCAGAUGCCAAAUUGUGCAAAUGCCAUUAAAAGUGGAUUCAGAUGAAGAUAUAUCUAUAGACAAGGCUAAAAAAGACAAAUCUGAAAGUCUUAAGUUGAGCUCUAUUACAGCCUUAUUUGGAGCACCAAUAAAGCAAUAAAACAGAACAGUUUGGGAAAUCUCAUCUUUGGAGGAGGGCAAAGUCAAUGAAAAUCUGCUUGAUUAUCAUAGAAAGUACUUCACUCGAAUAUAUCCAUCUGGUUCAAGAGUAGAUUCCAGUAAUUAUGACCCAAUUCCAGCAUUUAAUAGUGGAUCAUAAAUAGUGGCACUCAAUUUUCAGACGAAUGACAUGCCUAUGCUGAUUAAUAUGUGUAAAUUUAUGGAGAAUGGAGGAAUUGAAUCUGGAUAUGUGUUGAAACCUUAAUGGAUGAGAUCAGAUGGAAAGAAAAAGAUUAAUGAAUUUACUUCUAUUCAAUUGUCAUUCACUCUCAGUAUAUUAGUGGGUUAUAAUCUUAGAUUAUUGAAUGAUUAAAAUGCGAAGGUUAACCCCUCAAUUAAAAUUUCUAUCAGAGGCCUAUUAUAGGAUGAAUAAAAUAACAAACCGUAAAUCGCAACCAUCUCGCAAAAUGGAUUAAAUCCUUAAUUUAACUUUAUUUAUAAGUACAAUAUUAGAUGUCCAGACUUGGCAUUUUUGAUAUUUGAGGUACUCGAUGCCAGCAAGUCAUUCUUAGGAUGGAGUGCCAUACCUCUUUCAUGUAUGUCUUAUGGCUAUAGGGCUGUUUAAUUAUUGAGUUAAUAUUUGAAGCCGUUGCCUAAGAGUUGCCUCCUGGUUCAUGUUCAAAAACAUUGA